GACCCGAUCGAUGUCAUUGAGCUGGGAGCCCGGCAGCGAUCGGUUGGAUCUAUCGUUCGCGUGAAGAUCCUGGGAAUCCUUGCCAUGAUUGACGAUGAUGAGACAGAUUGGAAAGUCUUGACCAUUGCCCUGGAUGACGAUAAAGCACCGAUAGUGCAUGACCUCAACGAUGUCGAGGCUCAUUGGCCCGGAGCGUUGCGGUCCCUAACGGAGUGGCUGAGGAUGUACAAAACGGCAGAGGGCAAGAAGGAAAACAAGUUCGGCUUUGCCGGAAAGCCCCAGAGUGCAGAGUUUGCUAGACAGGUGGUAGAAGAAACUCACCAAGCCUGGAAAAAGCUUCUGGUGGAUGCAAGUGCAAAGGGCAAGAUGAAGAAGGUUGUCAGUGGCCCCGAUCUCUAUACUGAGCUCGCUCUCGGAGCUUCCCAGUCAAUGCAGCCUGCUCCGGCUUGA